AUGGACCAAAGGAAAGGAGGUUCGCUUGAAGAGACACCAACCUGGGCUGUAUCAGUAUUUGCUUUGUUUUUCUUCUUCCUAUCCUUCAUCAUCGAAUCUAGUAUUCACCAUCUAACAACGUUUCUUAAUAGAAGGAGAAGAAAAUCCCUAAAUAGGGCUUUAAUGAAGUUCAAAACAGAAAUGAUGAAACUGGGUUUGGUAUCACUGCUUCUUACGAUAUCAGAGGUGCCAAUAUCAAAAAUCUGCGUUGCCCAAACUUUGGCAGACACUUUUCUUCCAUGUAAAUAUGUGGAAGACGCAGAACCUGCUGUCUCAUCCGCCACGCAACUUUCAGGCUCAAAUUCUACCAGUUUUUCUAAGGAAGUCAACGAUGAAAAUUACUGCGAGGCAAAGGGGAUGGUUUCUCUAGUGUCAAGGGAAGGAGUCUUGCAACUGAACAUCUUUAUCUCUCUGUUGGCAGUUUUUCAUGUGCUCUACUGCAUCCUAACCAUGUUUCUUGGGAUGGCCAAGAUGAGGAAAUGGAAUGCUUGGGAGGAUGAGACUCAAACAUUAGAAUACCAGAUUCGUAACGAUUCAAGGAGGUUCCAGCUUAUCCAUCAAACUCCUUUUGGGAAAAGACAUUUGAAGUUCUGGAGUAAACAUCCUCUGUUGCUUUGGCCUGUUUGUUUUGCUCGACAGUUUAGUGGUUCAAUCUCAAAAGCCGAUUACAUGACGCUGCGAAAUGGGUUCAUUGAGGCAAACUUCACCAAAAGUAGCAACUUCAAUUUCCUGAAAUUCCUUGCAAGAGCUUUCGAUGACGACUUUGAGCAAGUGGUUGGAAUAAGAUUUUGGAUCUGGCUCUUCUCCAUGCUUUUCAUAUUUUCAAGUGCACAUGUGUUUUAUAACCAUUAUUGGCUACCAUUCAUCCCCCUACUGAUUGUUAUAGUUGUGGGUGCAAAGCUGGAAAUGAUCAUAACCAAAAUGUGUGUGGAGAGUUGCAAGAAUCCCGUCAUUCGAGGUCGUCUUGUAGUGAAGCUCAAUGAUGACUUGUUUUGGUUUGGUCGGCCACAUUGGCUUCUUCAUCUCAUCCAAUUCGUCCUAAUCCAGAACUCCUUUCAACUGGCAUUCUUAACGUGGACAUGGUUUCAGUAUGGCCAAGGGUCUUGCCUAAAUGGCAAAAGGGAAGUCAUAGCCAUAAGGAUUUCCAUGGGACUUCUUGUGCAGUUCAUUUGCGGUUAUGUGACCCUACCUCUUCAUGCACUUGUUACCCAGAUGGGUUCUGGCAUGAAGAAAGCAGUGUUUACUGAACGUGUAGUAGAUGGCCUAAAAAACUGGCACAAGAAUGCACAACACAGGCUCUCCAAGAGCAGAUCCAUUUCCAAGAACACUGUUGAAGCAACUGACUUUGCCAUUUCAAAUCAAAUGAGUACUGAAAUACUAGAUUUUGAAAGUUUUCCACAUUCAGUCGUGGAAAGCUCUCCUUCUACCUCUGAAAUCAUAGAAGAUAAAGUCCCACACAAUUCUCUUCCAAGACCAGAUACAACAAGUGUAUCGAUUCCAGAAAUCACCAAGGAAGAAGAAAAUCCAAAGAUCAAUGGAAAAAUGAUAACUUACGAUGGUGAGAUAUCAUUUGGGAGUAGUUGGAAAUUAGAAAGUAGCAAGCGAAGUGGAGUGAAAUCACUUCAGUACGUAAUUGAUGAAGAUCAUGACGUCAACUACUUUGAUAAAUGA